UGCCAUCAGCAUCCUUGCUGAUAGAAGCUCGGUUUUAAUUUUUGCAACAGAACAAAGAGAAACAACCUGCUUCUCCAGCCUGUUUGUGAACACAUCUGGAAGUUUUCUGUAUCUUUUUUAAAGCAAAGACAUAUAAAAGAGACAAGGACAGAAAAAUAUGAUUUCUUGUUCUAACCAAAGACUUCAGUCUUUGCUUUGUGGAUGCCUGACUUUUCUUGUUGUGACCUCUGUUGUGAAAGCAGAAGGUCGAGUGUUCAUCUUGAGCCUGAGGAACUUGCAGGGCUUCAGGGAAGCUGAGCAGGCGUGUGCCUCACAACAUGCCCGUUUGGCAUCAGCGGAGGAGCUCCGUCAAGCUGUGGUGGGGUGCUUCUUCUCUCACUGUACCCGUGGAUGGCUUUAUGGAGCCACAGUGGGGACCACAGUUUGUAACACUGAUGGGAGCUCGCUUAAAGCAGUUGAUGUGAAGACGGAAAAUGCUACAGAAAAAACUGCACAUCUGAGUGCCUUCUGCAUAAAAGACAAAGUUGCGGCUUGUGGAGACCCUCCAUCCUUCCCCUAUGCUCGUCUGCAAGAUCACUCAGGGUCUGAGAUGGGAGACGAGCUUCUGUAUAUGUGUGCGCCCGGUUACAUGAUGCCCAGUGGUCAUACCUCCUUCAGCCUGCUGUGUGACAGCUGUGGGGAGUGGUACGGGACUGUGCAGAUCUGUGUUAAAGAUGCAGCGGAAACCCAUUUAGAUUAUGAAGAUAACUUUGAAGAUUCCUUUGAAAAGACAGAUCACAAUCAUGACAGUCAUGAAGAGGUAUUUGGUGACACAUUUGAGAAUGGGAAGAGGAUUCUCCAACAGCAGGAGACAAGAUUUUGGGUAAACAUAGGGGACGAUCACAAGGAUCAGCUGGAGGUGCACAACUCUGGGCCAAAGGUGAUUAACAACAGUAGAACCUUUGAAGGAAUUGUGGAGGACAUAGCAAAAAGAGAAGAUGAUUUCACAAUCCAUCCAAGGUUUGCACAGGACAGGGACAAGUUGGUCCAAGUUGGUGCAGCUGAAGCCACAAAGGAGCCUGUAUCUCUUCUCUCCCAAAAACACAUGUUCUGGUUCCCUUCUGAGGCUUUCCAGGAGGAGGUACCUCCCUUCACCGGCGACUCAGUCACACAAGCAACACAGAGAGCCUCUGGUGGCCAGUCUGAGGAAAGCAAAGAAAACGAGAGCAGAGAAAGGGUUGAAAGCGAUCAUCAUGAUGAUCAGGAUGACCCUGACGAUCAUCACGAUGACCCUGACGAUCAUCAUGAUGAUCAGGAUGACCCCGACGAUCAUCACGAUGAUCAUGAUGACCCUGACGAUCAUCACGAUGAUCAUGAUGACCGUGACGAUCAUCAUGAUGACCGUCACGAUCAUCAUGAUGACCAUGAUGAUCAUCAUGAUGAUCAGGAUGACCCCGACGAUCAUCACGAUGAUCAUGAUGACCAUGACGAUCAUCAUGACAAAGAUGAUCAUGAUGACAGCCACCAUGAUGAGCUGGAUAUCCAUGAAGAUGACAACACUGACAAUCCCGAUGAUCAAGACAGUCGCCAGGAAGAGGACUUUGAUGACCAUAUACCUGAUCGACACAAAGACGAUGAUGAUCAUGAUGACCAUUAUGACAUGGAUGAAGAUGAUGACCAUAAUCCCCCUCACCAUGGCACCAAGAAGAAUGACGAUCGAGAUGAUCUAUAUGACGAUCACCAUAGUAAAGAGGAUCAUGAUGAUGAACGCAGGGAUGACGAUAGAGAACACCCUGAUAAUUCUGAGGAACAUCCAACAAGUGAUGAUCAUGAUGAUGGAGAAGAGCAUUACGAUCUUGAUGAAGAUGAUCUCCACAAUCUUGAAGACAGAAACAAGGAGAGCUAUGAUGAUCACGAUAGUCGUGAAGACGAUACCGAUCACCCACAUGUAAUUAUUACUGUAGGCGCUGAGCGGCGCCUAAACAUCACCCAGAAGGAAGAAGGACAAAAGACCAAAGGAAAUACCUGGCUGGAUGGUUAUCCUGUUGAUCUGCUUGAUUCCACUAAAAGACAGAUGAGACCCAGUGUGGUAAAAACAACAAAUACACCCAAUAAGGGAGACACACAUAAGCAAGUUCAUCCCAUCAGUUUGUCAGAUGAAGAUAAAUCCCUCACUACAGCCCCUAAAUCAGAUCAAGGCAAGGUGAAAAAAGGUGUUUCAGCUACCUCACCUGACCGUGUAGAGCAUUCAAACCCCCCCUCAUACUCAGACUACCUGGAUUACGGCACACAACAAGCUGCUCCCACCCACUCCUGGCUGAACGACCUCACCGGUCAUCCCUUCCUCGAUCACGGCCCAGCUCCUCCGAUGCACAACCUUGACCCCUUCCCUGGAGCAAUUGAGGAGCACAUUGUGGAGAACCUGCCAGGUGAGAUGGGUGAGAUGGAAGGAGAGAAGAGGCAGACAAUAUGUGUGGGUGAGGACUGUCCCCCAAACCCUCCAAGCUCAACCAGUCAAGGGGCGAAGGUUGCGGCCAUCAUUGUGGCAGUGUGCGCCGUGGCCACGGCAGUCAUAGUAGGGUUGUGGUGUUUCCGACGGAGACAGCAGAAGAGUUCAAUAUACGAGAUGAACGGGAAACAAAACCAACAGAUAGAGAUGGAGCAGAAAGUGUAGAAGAUGGAGAAUAAGGACAUUGCUGAAGAGCAGAAACGUUACAGAAAGAUUAAGGAUGAUAAGCAGAAGAAAUGUAGUUUUCUUGAUCUUGUUUGUCACUAUUGCAGAUGUGAACACUUUGCUUCUGUG